AUGAAGUUCUCCAUCGCCGUCAUUGCCGCUGCUUCUGGCCUCGUCGCCGCUGGCCCUGCUGCCCCCACCCCCAACGAUGCCUUCGCUCUUACCAAGCGCGCCUCUCUCCCCGUCCCCGCCUCCAAGGGAUCCGUUACCCUUAAGGCACCUCAGUCCGUCAGUGGCACCUUCGAUGGUGGCAUGAAGACCUACGGCCGUGGUGUCAGCUGCACUGGUCAGGUUGAGGGUGGCGACAAGGACGCCGUCUUCACCGUCAAGAACGGUGGUACUCUCAAGAACGUCAUCAUUGGAAAGGACCAGAUCGAGGGUGUCCACUGCGAGGGUUCUUGCACUAUCGAGAACGUCUGGUGGGUCGACGUUUGCGAGGAUGCUCUCAGUCUCAAGGGUGACGGUAACGCCGUAGUCAGGGGCGGAGGUGCCCAGGCUGCCUCUGACAAGGUUGUCCAGCACAACGGAAAGGGUACGGUUACCAUUGACGGCUUCACCGUCGUUGACUUCGGCAAGCUCUACCGUGCUUGCGGCAACUGCAAGAACAGCGUCACCCGCAACGUUGUCGUCAAGAACGUCAAGGCCUACAACGGAAAGGUCCUGACUGGCAUCAACCCCAACUUCGGUGACAGCUCUACCAUCUCCAACACCUGCGCUACCUCCGUCAAGACCAUCUGCGAGGAGUUCAAGGGUACCACUCCCGGAAAUGAGCCUUCCUCCGUCUCCAAGGGUCCUUCCGCCAACUGCAAGUACACCGCUUCCGCUAUCAAGACUUGCUAG